AUGUUUAGACUAGCUACUAAAAGAAAGCUAAUUAAUAGAAAAAACUUAGAAUCACCAUUUUCAGGUGCUAACGUUGAUGAUAAUUUUCCUACAGAAGAUGGGCCCAUAAUUAAUAUUUAUUCAACUGGGUUAACACCAAAGCAAGAAACGGAAAUAUAUAACAACUUGUAUGAUACUAGUACCAACACUUUAUUGACGAUCUAUGAUCAGCCACCAAGAGGUGAAAUUACGUUAGACCAAUUUGAAAUUUGGGCUAUUGAAAGAUUAAAGUUAUUGAUGGAAUUAGAGUCCUUAACACAAAGAAACAAAUCAUUGAAAGAAAUUGAAGCAAUUAUCAAACCAAUGCUAGACAAGAUGUAUCCAAUUAGCAGUGGUACACCACUUACUUUUCAAAGAAAAAAAGAUUAUUAUUCCCAUUUUAUUUUAAGAUUAUGUUUCUGUAGAAGUAAAGAAUUAAGGGCAAAGUUUGUUAGAAAUGAAACUUUAUUAUUUAACUUACGGUAUGAGAUGUUACCCCUUUCAGAGCAAGUUUCAUUUAUCGAAAAAUUGCGUAAAACAAGAUUGUUUAAUCAGAGUGGUACUGCUGCCAAUAUGUUUAAGUUCAUUACUGAUGAGGAAAAACAAAAUUUUUCUAAUGAACUAUUUAACUCUAUUGCAGCUAGUUUACAAUUUGAUUUAAACUUAACCGAUAAUAACAGUAAAAGAUUAUACUUUGAGAGGGUAAAAUUUAUCAAGUUGCCCUUUGAAAAUGUUAUUGAAUUAGUUGGUAGGCAUCAAGUGUUUAUCAAUAAAGGUUAUGCCUACUUACCACAAUUUCAACAAUUGAAAUACAUAUCUAAUCGGUAUGGUGAGUAUUUAAAUGAAGAGUUGUUAUUAACUUAUCGCAACUUGCCCAGAAUGAAUGAGGAUGAUAGAUUAAUUCCGAUUAUUAAGCAUCUAAGUUCGGGUUAUACUAUUUCAGACUACAAUGCAGGGUUUGAUGUUGAUAAUGGUAGGGACACUACCUGUAUUACCAGUGAUAUGAUAUUAAAUGAUGCUAAAUUAUGGGAGGCUUAUCCGUUAUGUGCACGUAAUUUAUUGGAUGGGUUGAGAAGCAAUCAUCAUUUAAGAUAUCAAGGCAGACAACAAUUAUCCCUUUUCUUGAAAGGAAUUGGAUUAAACAUAGAUGAGGCCUUGAAAUUUUGGUCCAAAGAAUUUAGUAAAAGUAUGGGGGUGGAUAAAUUUGAGAAGGAGUACAAGUAUAAUUUUAAGCACAACUAUGGGUUGGAAGGUAACAGAAUUAACUAUAGGCCGUGGGAUUGUAGUACUAUUUUGAGUAAGCCCAGACCUAACAAGGGGGAGUUCCAUGGUUGUCCGUUUAGAGAUUGGAGUAAAGAUAGAUUGGUCAUGGAACUGAAGAAAAACGUUUCAAACAAUGAUAUUACUAAUCAUGAGAUCAAUUCUAUAUUGGAUAGUUGUAAAAACCACGAAUAUACAAUAGCAUGUACUAAAUACUAUGAAAUUAACAAGAAAGCUAUAGUGCACGGGGAUAGCAGUGGCAUUAGUAGUAGUAGUAUGGAGGGAGAGCAUAUUACACAUCCUAACUUAUAUUUUGAAAGAAUAAGAAUGCUUCAAACUCAAGAGAAGAAAGGAUGA